AGCGCGCAAUUCAGUUCGCAUUUUGUUCUCGACCGUGUUGGACGUUUUUAGUUGCUAAAGCGAACGCCGGAAGCUUUUGUUUGUUUUGUCAUUAUAUGCAGGUGUGCGCGGGUGUUAGUGACUGUUAGUGUUAGCCAAUGCAAGCCAGCAACCGUGUAUUGGUGGAGCAGCCAAUGCUGCUUGCAGUUCAAAAGGGCACACAAAAACAACGACCAGAAGGAGAAGCAGCACCACAAUACCUGCUGGAAAGCAACACAAAAAGCAUUUAAGCCAGCUCGUUCGUUUAUGUUUGUGCCUGUGUGAGUGCUUGACGGCGUGUGUGCGUGUAUUUGUUCUUACGAAUACCCAAACAAAUCAAACUAUAAUGGCCAGCUCUAUCCGCGAGUAUUUGCCGUGUGCUCAAUACUCGGAUUCAAAUUCAAAUUCAUAUUCAUGCUAGAAAGUGUCGCGUGCGAAAGUGUUGAAAUAAAAGCAGCAGCAAUCGCGCACUUUAUGUAGCAAAAAAACUUAAACCUGUUCUAGACGCCAAGUGCAAGUAACAUACACACACAAACAAACAAACACACACGCGCGCGUCAAUACGUGUGUAAAGAAGGAAAAAGGCAAUAAACAAUAACCACAAGUAUCAAACGAAAAAAUAAUUAAAGCUCAAUGUACGCUGCAUUCCUUUAAGCCAUACGAAAUAAAGUGAAUAGAAAACCCUUCAAUCUUUUGAAAAAAAGAAAAGAAAAGAAAACUUUAAAUUCUCGAAUUCCAAUACGAAUACAACGAUCAUGGCUAUGACUGCUGGUGCUGCUGCCUAUGCGUCAGCAACCGCCAACAAUGCGCACGUCACACAACAGCAACAGCAACUACAACAAACAACAAAUCAGCAGAGACAGCAGCGGCGACUGUGCCGUGCGCGCACGAAAAGCGCAGCUCAAAUGACGUCGACCGCGAUGUCGACGCUGCUGCUCAAGCGCGCUUGCUCAGCGCCCCAAUGGAUAUUUCUCUUCAUAUUAAUUUAUUUAGCAACAGAUGUUGCCUCGGUGGAGGUGCACACAAAGGAGGCGUAUUUCAAUGGAUCCGCUUAUCUGCGCCUGCAGACGCCGAUGCCCACCUGGGACCACUCGGCGAUAAGUUUCCGCUCGUGCCGCGGCGGCGAAAUACUCGCCCAGCAGUAUAACAAAAACUCAAUUGUAAUCUCAGUGCUCAACGAUUUCCUACAAGUCUCGCUAGCCGGUCCGGCCGUGAUUGGGCUCAACAAUCGCUUGGAUGUCAGACUGCCCUACCAACUGCUGGACAAUCGCUGGCAUACGCUGCAGUUCAAAUACGAGUACGGCAAUCUCUAUUUGCAUGUGGAUCGUGAGGCAAUUAUCUUUGCUAACUCGACGUACAACAGUCAGUUUCUUACCAAUCAGGACAUUGGCAACGAGCUGGCUAUAUUGAUUUUGGGCAACUCGUUCUCGGGCUGCCUGCUGGAUGGACCUGGACUGCAAUUCGUGAAUGCCUCCAAGCAAAAUGCCGUAUUUGGCGUCUGUCCGCUGUCGUAUGGACCGUGCAGUGAGCACGAGACAUUUACCCGGCUGCAGGACAACUAUUGCUUGAAUGAUCCCUGCAUGGGCCAUGGCACCUGCACUUCGAAUGCUGAUGGCUACGAGUGUCGCUGCACGGCUCGCUAUUCGGGUAAAAACUGCCAAAAGGACAAUGGAUCGCCAUGUGCCAAGAAUCCAUGCAACAAUGGCGGCACCUGCCGUGAGAACUCACGCGGCGACUAUCAAUGCGUCUGCCAUGCGAAUUAUAGUGGUGAGCACUGCGAGACUGAGGUCAACAUUCAUCCACUUUGCCAGUCGAAUCCCUGCUUGAAUAAUGGAGCCUGCGUGGUGCUGAGCGGCAGCGCCAGCCCCACCUGCGAGUGUGCCAAGGGCUAUACGGGCGCCCGUUGCGAAAUCGACAUGGACGAAUGUGCCUCGCAGCCCUGCCAGAACAAUGGCAGCUGCAUCGACAGCAUCAAUGGAUUCAGCUGCGACUGCACCAACACCGGCUACAUCGGCGCCUUCUGCCAAACGAAUAUUGACGAGUGCGAGGAGAAUCCAUGCCUGAACGGCGGACGCUGCUUCGAUACAUACGGCGGCUACACCUGCCAGUGCCAAGACGGAUGGCAUGGCGACAUCUGCGAGAAGCCCAUCAGCUGCCAGACGCAGCGGUGCCUCAACGGCGGCACCUGUGUGGACAAGGCCAUCGGCUUCCAGUGCAUCUGUGCGCCCGAAUACAGCGGCGAGCUCUGCCAGCUGGGUCCCAGCUGUGCCCAGCAGUGUCCCAUCGAUUCGGAGUGCGUUGGCGGCGUGUGUAUGUGUAAGCCAGGAACUUCGGCUACCACUUUGGAGCUGCCAACUUCGCUUGAAUUGUACUUGUUGAGCGCUCUGUGCGCCAGUGGCAAGAAGAAGCGUUAUAUCUCACCCGAGUGGCUGAAGCGCAAGCGUUGCGAACUCAAAUUAAGCCCAAUUGGUCAUUGCCUGCCAACAACAACAACAACCACACCGACCCCUGAACAAGCAACACCAACAACAACAACAACAACGCUAAUCACACUCCCAGCUAUUCCCACAACAACUGCAACAACAACUUAUACUACCACCAAAAAACCUCCAAUAACCAACACAACAAGAACAGCAACCGCAACAACAACAACAACAACAGAAAGUAAACAAAACAAACAACAAUUAGCACAAAACCAACGCUCGGCCUCCCUGAAUGCAUGUCCCCAAGAAAAUUGCUUGAACGGUGGCACCUGCCUAGGAUAUAGUAACAAUUAUACCUGUAUAUGUGCUAGUGGAUACACAGGUUACAAUUGUCAGCAGAGCUCGGGCGAUGGCGGCACCGCCUUGGCCUUGACGCCCAUCAAUUGCAAUGCCACGAAUGGCAAAUGCCUGAAUGGCGGCACCUGCUCAAUGAACGGCACCCAUUGCUACUGCGCCGUUGGCUACUCGGGCGAUCGCUGCGAGAAGGCGGAGAAUUGCUCGCCCCUCAAUUGCCAGGAGCCGAUGAUCUGCGCCCAGAACCAAUGCAUUUGCCCAGAGAACAAGGUGUGCAAUCAGUGUGCCACACAGCCCUGCCAAAAUGGCGGCGAGUGCCUCGAUCUGCCCAAUGGCGACUACGAGUGCAAGUGCCAGCGGGGCUGGACGGGCCGCAACUGUGCCAACGAUGUGGACGAGUGCAUGCUGCAGCCCAAGAUCUGCGGCAAUGGCAUAUGCAAGAACGAGAAGGGCUCCUACAAGUGCUACUGCACGCCCGGUUUCACGGGCAUCCAUUGCGACUCCGACGUGGACGAGUGCCUCAGCCAUCCGUGCCUGCACGGCGCCACGUGCCACAACAAGAUCAAUGCUUACGAAUGCGACUGCAAGCCGGGCUACCAGGGCGAGAACUGUGAAAUCGAUAUAGACGAGUGCAUUAGCAAUCCGUGCUCGAAUGGCUCUACUUGCAUUGAUAUGAUUAACAAUUUCACGUGCUCCUGCAUACCGGGCAUGACGGGUCGGAUCUGUGACAUUGACAUCGAUGACUGUGUCUCGGCGCCUUGUCUCAACAAUGGCCUCUGUAUCGACGAGCUGGGCGGCUUCCAUUGCGAUUGCGGUGGCACAGGAUACGAGGGCAAGAACUGUGAGCUGAACAUCGAUGAAUGCGUGUCGAAUCCCUGCACGAACGGUGCCAGGUGCAUUGAUCAGGUGAAGGACUAUUUCUGCGAAUGCCAUGCGGGCUACAAGGGCAAGAACUGCGACCAGGAUAUCAAUGAGUGCGAAAGCAAUCCCUGUCAAUACAACAGCAGCUGCUUGGAACGCUCCAACUCCACGCUGUACCAGCUGAGCAGAGUUAUGGACUUGCCGCGAGUGUUUAGCCAGCCGUUCAGCUACGAGAAUGCCAGCGGCUAUGAAUGCGUGUGCGUGCCGGGCAUCAUAGGCAAGAACUGUGAGAUCAAUAUCAAUGAGUGUGAGAGUAAUCCCUGCACGAAGCACGGCACCUGCAAUGACGGAAUCGGCACUUACACCUGUGAAUGCGACCCGGGCUUUGAGGGCACCCACUGUGAGAUCAAUAUCGAUGAAUGCGAUCGCUAUAAUCCCUGUCACAAUGGCACCUGCAUCGAUCAGAUUAACGACUACGAUUGCGACUGUGACGCCAACUUUGGUGGCAAGAAUUGUUCUGUGCCGUUGAUUGGCUGCAUCAGUGGCCCCUGCCUCAAUGGCGGCACCUGUCGCCCCUUCUUGGUGAACGAAACGAUACAUUUAUUCAACUGCUCCUGCGAGCACGGCUUCCAGGGCGACACCUGUGAGAAGACCACAACUCUAUCAAUGGUUGUCAGCAGCCUGAUAACGGUGAAGACGCAGCGAGACGAGGGCUACGACAUUAAUUUGCAAUUCAAGACAACGCUGCCAAAUGGAGUUCUGGCCUUUGGCACGUCUGGCGGGCAGAACGAACCGGUUAGCUAUAUCCUGGAGCUGAUCAACGGACGCCUGAAUCUGCACUCUUCGCUGCUGAACAAAUGGGAAGGUGUUUUCAUUGGCUCCAAGCUGAACGACAGCAAUUGGCACAAGGUGUUCGUGGCCAUAAACACGUCACACUUGGUGCUGUCCGCCAAUGAUGAGCAGGCCAUAUUUCCAGUUGGCUCCUAUGAGACGGCCAACAACAGCCAACCCUCCUUUCCGCUAACCUAUCUGGGCGGCACCAUACCCAAUUUGAAGUCUUAUCUGCGUCAUCUUACGCAUCAGCCAUCCAGCUUCGUGGGCUGCAUGCAGGAUGUUGUCGUCAAUGGUAAAUGGAUCUUUCCCGAUGAGCACAACGAACUCGAUACGGAUAGUGAGAGUACGAAACUGUCGUACGUUCAGAGCGGCUGUCCUCGCACGGAGCAAUGCAAGCCUAAUCCGUGUCACUCAAAUGGCGAGUGCACAGAUCUGUGGCACACCUUCGCCUGCCAUUGUCCUAGACCCUUCUUUGGGCAUACAUGCCAGCACAACAUGACGGCUGCAACAUUUGGACAUGAGAAUACGACGCACUCGGCUGUGAUUGUAGAGACGACAGAUGUGGCCAGACGUGCCAUUCGCUCCAUUUUGGAUAUAUCCAUGUUUAUACGCACGCGCGAGCCAACGGGUCAGGUCUUCUACCUAGGCAGCGAUCCCCGCAAGAUGCCCACAAAGAAUGUAGGCGACUCGUAUGUGUCAGCUAAACUUCAUGGCGGCGAGCUGCUGGUGAAAAUGCAGUUUAACGGCACGCCGGAAGCAUAUACGGUGGGUGGUCAGAAGCUGGACAACGGCUACAACCACCUGAUUGAGGUGGUGCGUAAUCAAACCCUGGUGCAGGUCAAGCUCAAUGGCACCGAGUACUUCCGCAAGACGCUGUCGACGACAGGUCUGCUGGAUGCACAGGUGCUGUACUUGGGCGGUCCGGCGCCAACACGUGAAUCCUUGUUGCCAGCCAGCACCGAGCCGGGUCUGGAUGAGGGUAGCGUAGCCGUUAGUAGCACGGCACCCAAGGACACGGACACGGAUAAUAAGGACUACUUUAAGGGCAUCAUUCAGGAUGUUAAAGUGAGCAAUGGCUCGCUCAAUAUGAUUGUCGAGAUGUAUCCCUUGAAUGUGACCGAUGUAAAUGUGAACGCCAAGCCAUUCGGAGCAGUCAGCAUUGACCGCACCUCGGUGCUGCAGGGCGAAGUUUCCGACGACUUGUGUCGCAAGAAUCCGUGCAAACACAAUGCCGAGUGCCGAAACACAUGGAACGACUACAGCUGUAAAUGUCCAAAUGGCUACAAGGGCAAGGACUGUCAGGAGAUUGAAUUCUGCCAGCUGGUCACCUGUCCCGGCGGCAGUGUCUGCCAGAAUCUGGAUGAUGGCUACGAAUGCUUAACCAAUAUAACAUUCACGGGUCAGGAACAUUCGCCACUGGCUUUCUCCUACUUCAAGGAACAGCUGCCAGAUGAGAUUGGCGUGGCCAAGCAGCCGCUGUUGAAGCCGGUCAUAGAGAUCGCCUAUCGCACGCGCGCAGGCGGCACUCUACUCUUCAUUGACAACCAGGAUAGCUUCUUUGAAAUUGGCGUCAAUGGUGGUCGUGUCACAGUUACCUGGAAACUGACGCAGCUGCACAUCGGCGAGUCCGGACGCUUCGAGAAGGAGAAUACGGAUGGUGAAUGGAGCCGCAUUUACUUGCGUGCGCACGGUGGCAAACUGGAGGGUGGCUGGAAGGGCUGGGAAUCGAUGGUAGAUCCCACGCCCGGCUUCUCAACGGACAUCGAUCAGGCAGCAUUCCAGGAACUGCUCUCCAGCAGCACACAAGUCUACUUGGGCGGCAUGCCUGAGUCGCGUCAACUGCGAGGCUCUACGCAAUCCUCGCAGCAGGGAUCCCAGUUCAAGGGCUGUCUGGGUGAGGCGCGAGUUGGCGACUUGCUGCUGCCCUACUUCUCCAAUGCCGAACUGUAUCCGCACACUGAGAACGUAUCCGUGCAGCUGCAGGCGCAGUUCCGCCUCAACUCGACACGGCCCGAGGAGGGCUGUAUUCUGUGCUUCCAGGUAGACUGCAAGAACAACGGCUUCUGCGAUGCUCCAACAGAGCAGUACGCGUGCACCUGUCAAGCGGGCUACGAGGGCGAUGACUGUGGCACAGACAUUGACGAGUGCCUCAACACGCAUUGCGAAAAUAAUGCCACCUGCAUCAACCUUGUGGCCGAUUUCCAUUGCAAGUGCCUGCCCGGCUUCGAGGGUCGCUACUGUGAACAGAACAUUGACGAAUGUGCAGCUCAGCCCUGUCAUAAUGGCGGCAACUGCACGGAUCUGAUUGCUGCCUAUCGCUGCGACUGCCCUGAUGAGUACACGGGUCCACAGUGCAGUGCUCUCAAGCAGAUGACCUGCGAGAAUGAGCCCUGUCGCAAUGGCUCCAGCUGCGAGAAUGGAUUUAAUGCUCAAACCGGAAACAACUUUACCUGCAGUUGCUCUAUGGGAUUUGAGGGUGCACUUUGUGACACGCCCUUCUGUGAGCUGACUCCCUGCCUCAACGGCGGCCUCUGUCUAACGACAAGUAGCGUACCCAAUUGUAAAUGCAGCCUGGGCUAUACGGGUCGCCUUUGUGAGGAAGAGAUCGAUGAAUGCGCCUCCAAUCCCUGCAUGAAUGGCGGCAAGUGUCAUGAUCUUGUGGGUGACUAUGAAUGCGACUGCCAGUCCACGGGCUUCGAUGGCGUGCAUUGUGAAAACGAUAUAGAUGAAUGCAUCCAGGAAGUCAAGUAUUGUGGUGGUCUUGGGCGCUGCAUAAAUUUGCCCGGUAGCUUCAAGUGCAUUUGCCAGAAGCCCCACUGUGGCGCCUUUUGUAACUUUACCGAUCCCUGUAAUACCCUGAACAUUUGCGCCAAUGGCGGGCAGUGCGUAGAGAACUGCGGCGAAGAGGCGGACUACUACUGCAAUUGCACCGAGGGUUUCAUGGGCAAGAAUUGCACAGCACCGAUAAUGGCCAAAGAGGAUGGACCUUCGACGACAGACAUCGCCAUCAUUGUCAUUCCCGUGGUGGUCGUCCUGCUUCUGAUUGCUGGUGGACUGUUGGGCACGUUCUUGGUAAUGGCACGCAAUAAGCGGGCAACGAGAGGCACCUACAGUCCCAGUGCUCAGGAGUACUGCAAUCCUCGGCUAGAAAUGGACAAUGUGCUCAAGCCACCCCCAGAGGAACGACUAAUUUAGUUAACACCAAACAAAAGAGCCUCAAUUUAAACAAGAGAUAUUUUAAAAAUCCGCCCAUAUAAGUACAAUACGCUCCCUUACUAAGUUUUUUGUACUAAGUUCGUCUUUAUAAGGUGCUCGCAAGGCAACAACCAGGCUUCCACAGGGCAACUCUCCCCAUUCACACACAGUUGGACGUAGGCAUCAACUACGCUUUAGUUAGUUAAUAAUGCAGCUUUCUAUUUAUUGUAGCAAGUAGUUUGUAUGGCAAUCACUUUAUAGUCGUUAUAUAGUUACAGUUUAGAUUCAGUAUUCGAUAUAAUUCAACAGAAUCAACCAAGUAUAUCUAAAAAAAAGCUGCGAACAAAGUUGUGCUGCACACUGAAUCAUAAGCACUGAUCCGAAAAUUGAAUUGAAAAUAUAAUUAGAACACAACAAUCAUUCCAUGCGAAAGCCUUUAAAUACGUUUCGAAAUAAUAAUGUACAAGUAACAUUUUGUAAAUAGAUUUGUAUGCCCAUUUUAAUCUAAAUUAGCUGAGCUAAAUAAAAUCCUAUAUACCUUUGCAU